GCAGGAUUGGAUUUAUCACAAUACUAAUUUCAAAUCGCGCGCCAUAUGAAUAAAAAUAAAUAAAAGUCACCCGGUCUACUCCGUGCUUCGCUGUGCGGUGGUUGCCUAGUAAUCUUAAGAGCAUGCAAUGUCAGCGACGAACCAGUAAGAAAUCCAAAUCGUAAACAGACAAUGACGCAAUGGUUUCAGAAACCCGCCUACAUCAAGGCAAGGCCAAUGAGCCCGUCAUGUCGGUUUCGACGCGGGCAAAUGAGAUGAUGCAGGCACCAUCGUUGCUGUCCGGCAAUCUGUUGACGUCGAAUGCUGGGUCGUUCUGCCGGGCCGAGCCGUUUCCAUAUGACUUGCUUAGACGAGUCCUACCGAUGCUAGUGAUGAGACUUCACCAUACCUCUUGUGUUAGCGGUAGUCUCCAAGCCGGCGUUGAGGUGCUCAACCCCUUCUUCCUCACCUCUUCACAUGCAGGGGAUGUUGAAGCUCAGGAAGCUGCUUAUAUUGAGGUGAUACCAGUCGGGAGGACGAUGAACUGGACAGGGGGUCGUCUGCGGCGACAUUCCGAUAUCCACGCUAGAAACAAGAAGCAGCAUUUUAGAAAGCCGAGACCACCAGCGAGAGGUCCUCCAGCGACGCUAUUCAAUGACCCAGGCCCUCUCGAAGAGAGAAGGGACUUUGACCCAGGUGACCAGCUGCGUCAGAGCUCAGACCAACGGUCUCGCAAUAGGAUCUCCCGCUCUUGCUCCGGAAACCCAAACAUUGCAGCAGCUAUACAUGAGCCCUCGCCGGCAUCUCAGCGCUUGGAUAACAUCAAACGCAGGCUUCUAGAAAAGUCGGACUGGGCAUCCGUUGGUGUAGCACGUCCUCUGAAGGUGCUAUUCCCUCCGGUACAGGCGCUACGGGAAUUUGGGAGGCGACGAAGAAUAACGGAUGAUGACCGUGAAAGGUUGAGGUCGUCCGUCUCGCGCACACGCUCUAUCCCCAACACAAAGCGUAGUCAAGAUGCAGUGUCCGAUAUAGGAUCCAUCCAGGGUCUGGAUAUAAGGAUAAACGGAAGACCUGUUGGAGCUGAUCGUUCGAGAACGGAUCGCAGCCAGCCAGUGUCAUCGCAGUCAAUGCUUCUAGACCGUGAAGAGUCCACUCCUGCAAAAGGAACCGCUUUUAUACCGGAAACUGAUCGUGAUAAUAUUAUCAGGAGAAGCUCAUUCGAUCAGAGAUCUUGGAUACUGGGCUCCUCAAGCGUCUCACUUCUGUGUUCAUCCCCCACCGGGAAAUUGUCCACCCUUGACGAUUCCAUCCAUAGUUCGCAAUAUAUGAUCGACGAAUCCAGACACAAAGAUCAGUUGGGAGAUAGAAAAGAGGGACUGCUACAGUCCGACAGCAACUCCGAGACGUCACCGGCGACACCUGUCAGAAGGCGUUUUACAAUCGACGACCAGAUUCUCGCUGAGCAAGAGGGAAGAUUCAAGCCUUACAAUGCAUCCUUGGGAACAAUCAGAUAUGGCGGCAGCCAACAGUUCGAGAGCCCUUUUUCUCUCAGGGGAUCAUCGCAAGGACUUGAGAGCAGUCAUAGGACAGCGCACGAGUCUACAGGCACAUCGUCAACCUUGAAUCACUCCGGCCAUGGCUGGCUCCCUGAACCGCGCCACAACAUACAACGAUCUAUAUCGCGGACAGAUAGAACCGUGACUGACUUUGAGCCAUAUGCGCCUAGAGUUCACGGAGGGCAGUCUCAGCUAAGUACAACUGCGCAGCAAGCCACAUAUCCAAUGAAGUUGUAUGGCCAGUCUGUCAUUCUCGAUGGCAACCAAUUCACCAGCCACGUGGAUUGCCAUAGAGGUGGACAGGCUGAACCAAGCCUCACAUGUCGUCCUGCCACUUCUGGCGAGGAUAAAGAUGGUGCACAGGCGACUGGAUAUCCGGUCGAAGUCAACCCUUUUCGGACAGACAGCUUUGCAUUGUCAGCGAACGCAUUCAAGUUGAAGCACACUGUCUCCCCGAGAUCAGCGAUCUACAUUGAUCAAGCUCGCGUAGCAAAGGAUCGGGUCUGUUUGGCAAAUACUGGGAAUCAAGAAUAUUCCGAGGGAUAUCCCCAGCCUAGAUUCAGACGCAAGUACUAGAUACAUACCCGAUUACUUUUCACCUACCUGAUGUAACACCUGUUGUGUUCUGCAUUCAAUCAACCUCCAGUCCAUCAUGUAUAUGCAGCGCUGUUGUACAGACCAACUACACCGGAUAUACUACCCAUCAAGAAGCGC